AUGACGGUGGAGUUCGAGGAGUGCAUCAAGGACUCGCCGCGCUUCAGGGCUACUAUUGACGAGGUGGAAACAGACGUGGUGGAGAUCGAGGCAAAACUAGACAAGCUGGUCAAGCUGUGCAGUGGCAUGAUCGAAGCUGGCAAGGCCUAUGUCACGACCAACAGGCUCUUCGUGAGUGGUGUUCGAGACCUGUCCCAGCAGUGCCAGGGCGACACCGUCAUCUCGGAAUGUCUGCAGAGGUUUGGAGACAGCCUGCAGGAGAUGGUCAACUACCACAUGGUAAGCCCUGGCCACAGUGCGACCCUGGCCUGACACCUGCUGGCCCUCAGGGACGUGCGGAAAUUCAAGGAGACCAAGAAACAGUUUGACAAAGUUCGGGAGGACAUGGAGCUGUCCCUCGUGAGGAAUGCCCAGGCCCCACGGCACCGGCCCCACGAGGUGGAGGAGGCCACAGGUGCCUUGACCCUCACCCGGAAGUGUUUCCGUCACCUGGCACUAGACUAUGUGCUCCAGAUCAACGUACUCCAGGCCAAGAAGAAGUUUGAGAUCUUGGAUUCUAUGCUGUCCUUCAUGCACGCCCAGCACAGCUUCUUCCAGCAGGGCUAUAGCCUGCUGCACCAGCUGGACCCCUACAUGAAGAAGCUGGCAGCCGAGCUAGACCAGCUGGUGAUCGACUCGGCAGUGGAAAAGCGUGAGAUGGAGCGAAAGCAUGCUGCCAUCCAGCAGCGGACGCUGCUGCAGGACUUCUCCUACGAUGAGCCCAAAGUGGAGUUUGAUGUGGAUGCGCCCAGCGGUGUGGUGAUGGAGGGCUACCUCUUCAAGAGGGCCAGUAAUGCCUUCAAGACGUGGAACCGGCGCUGGUUCUCCAUCCAGAACAGCCAGCUGGUCUACCAGAAGAAACUCAAGGACGUGCUCACCGUGGUGGUGGAUGACCUCCGUCUGUGCUCCGUGAAGCCAUGUGAGGACAUCGAACGGAGGUUCUGUUUUGAGGUCGUGUCACCCACCAAGAGCUGCAUGCUGCAGGCCGACUCAGAGAAGCUGCGGCAGGCCUGGGUUCAAGCUGUGCAGGCCAGCAUCGCCUCUGCCUACCGGGAGAGCCCGGACAGCUGCUACAGUGAGAGGCUGGACCGCACGGCGUCUCCGUCCACGAGCAGCAUCGACUCUGCUACGGACUCGCGGGAGCGCAGCGUCAAGGGCGAGAGCGUGCUGCAGCGUGUGCAGAACGUGGCUGGCAAUAGCCAGUGUGGGGACUGUGGCCAGCCGGAUCCCCGCUGGGCCAGCAUCAACCUGGGGGUGCUGCUCUGCAUCGAGUGCUCCGGCAUCCACAGGAGCCUGGGCGUCCACUGCUCCAAGGUGCGGUCCCUGACCCUGGACUCAUGGGAGCCAGAGCUGCUGAAGCUGAUGUGUGAGCUUGGAAACAGCACCGUGAACCAGAUCUACGAGGCUCAGUGUGAGGGGCCAGGUGGCAGGAAGCCCACAGCCAGCAGCCCUAGGCAGGACAAGGAGGCCUGGAUCAAGGACAAGUAUGUGGAAAAGAAGUUCCUGCGGAAGCCACCGUCGGCACCAGCCCGGGACGUCCCCCGGCCCUGGAGGGCGCAAAAGUGCCAGCGCCACCACAGCUCCCCCCGGGUCCCUGCUGCCCGCCGCAAGGUCCGGCUGGAGCCCAUCCUGCCCUCUGUGGCUGCUCUGUCCUCAGCAGGUGCUGUGGAGCGCAAGUUCCGGAGGGACUCUCUCUUCUGCCCGGAUGAGCUGGACUCCCUCUUCUCCUACUUCGAUGCUGGAGCUGCUGCAGCCGGUCCACGGACACGUCUGUGGCUCUGA